AAUAACCAACAACUCAUUCGGGCAGUCAGGUUUUCUUAGAAAGUGUACUCUAACUGGAUAUAUUUUUGUAUUCGUAUUGGCGAACAUAUUGGUCGAGCGCUUUGGAUAUGGAAACUCCGUGGAUAGUGGUCUUCGUAGCAUGCCUCACGCAAUAUGCAGCAAGCGAAUGUCUGAUGACAGACGACAGAUGCGAGUUUUGGCUGGUCAUCGAGCAGAAGCUGACCAUGAUGUACGGCAAGGAGCUUGUCUACCCUAAAGACGGUCAGAUAUUCAUCAACCCCACGCUCAAGGUCGAUUCUGAGAAAGUCAUCACCGCUGAUGCCUUUAUGGAUCCUUUACUGGUCAUCACGGCUAAUGGGACGAUGCCCGGCCCUCCCAUAGAGGUGUAUGAGGGCCAGACGAUUACAGUUCACGUGAGGAACGAUUUGAUCAGCGACGCCGUCACGGUCCACUGGCACGGUCUCCACCAGGUGAAGACUCCCUGGAUGGACGGGGUGCCCUUCGUCACACAGCUCCCAAUACUGCCCGGGUCAGAGUUCACGUACAAGUUCAAGGCCAGCCCUAUAGGCACGUUCUGGUACCACUCACACAUGGGGACCCAGCUCUCCUCGGGUCUGUUUGGUGCCUUCAUCAUCAGGGCCAAGGUCGUCACCAGGGACCCGGAGUUUGUUAUGAUACUACAGGACUGGAACCAUUUCAUGGUCGGCGACACCACGUACUUCAAGAUGCAGUUUGGGGUGUACGAAAACAAGCAAAGAAUACCACCCAGUACAUCCUUCGACGGUGGGAAGUUCAGCAUGUUCAGAGUUCAUUCCAUUCUUGUGAACGGGAAGGGUCGAUUCGAUGCUAAAGCACCGUUGGCGGUGUAUGAGGUAGAGCCUUACAAAAGAUACAGGUUUAGGGUGAUCAGUGCUGCCAAUAACUACCCUCUCAUUGUGUCCAUUGACAUACAUCCCUUUGAGGUAGUGGCCAGUGAUGGCUACCCCAUCCGCCCACAACUGGUGGACGCCCUUAUCAUCAACCCUGGGGAACGGUACGACUUUAUCGUACGAACUCUUGCAGACAAUUUAGACAACUACUGGAUCAGGAUCCAGACGCUAGAGAACAACACAGUCACCACAGGCUGGGCUAUUCUUAGAUACAAAGGAGCGACAGAUCGCGACCCAUACACAUCGCCUAGGUUAUGCACGAGAACUGAUAUAUGUAGAGUGCUCAACUGUCCCUUCUCUUACUUCCCCCUACUAGAUUACAAAACUUGCAUCAACUUCGACCAGAUCCAAUCCUUCAGCCUCAACUAUCCACCGGCUAGAGACUCUAAGGAUAAAAUCGAGGAGAUUUUCCUAAACUUCGCUUUCCCGGGGACCGGAGACUACGUUCCUGGGUCCGUCAAUGGUCGCAGGUUUGAGUUUCCCUCUGUGGUCGCACUAGAUGACCCCAAAAAUGUGACCAGCUACUGCAAACCUGACCAGUGUGGAGAGGAGGAGUUGUGUAACUGUACAUACAGCAUCAACCUUAAGCAUAACGCAACCUAUCAACUGAUUUUACUCAACAAAGGAGUAGGAAAGGGCUGGACUCACCCCAUACAUUUACAUGGUCACUCCUUUUACCUCGUCAAAAUGGGAUAUCCUAAGUUCGACGAAAAAACAGGUUUAUUUUUGGGAGAAAACACGGACAUCAACUGUACACGUAACUCCUCACUUGAAAACAGUUUCUGUAACAAGGCAUUUUGGGCUAACUCAUCAUGGGGAGGUAACAAUAUUGAGGGAAUUGAACUGGAUUAUCCCCCAAUAAAGGACACUAUUAUUGUACCAAGCGGAGGGUACGCUGUGAUCCGUAUCAGGGCCGACAACCCCGGCGUGUGGUUCAUGCACUGUCACAUCGAGCUGCACCACGUCAACGGGAUGGCGCUCAUGUUCAACGAAUCGUUUGACCGGGACUAUGGUUCAGUUGCGUCGUCUCUUGGUUUAGAAAGUAUCGUCACUUUGAUGAGUCUGUCCAUUCUGUGGUUCGUCGACUUGCUUUAGGUUGUCCCUACUCCACUUACUAAUUUUACAUAUAUGUAAAAUCAUGCAAUAUCAUACACAUAUGAUGAUGUGCAGUGCGCAUGUGUGGAUUGUAUAACCACCAAAGACACUAAUUUACGCUUAUUACUAGCACACAUGUUAUGUCAAUUACAGCGGAAUGCAUCCACACACAAACACAAACACACACACAAACAUACACUCACACAUAUAUACGUAGUCUACAUUUUAUUUUUAAGCCUUUU